AUGCCUGAGUCUCCUCACAGUCCCACGGCAGCCCGUCAAACUCCAGCCAGCAGCCUCCUCAGUCACACAGACAACGGUGCAGGAGAGAGAGUAGCUAAUGGGGACUCCUGCAGCGGAGUGAGUGGUGAAAACUGGCAGAGUCUCCACCAUAAACAGGUGUUUCUGGCUAUGAUAGCUCCACAGCAGAUGCAGCAGCUUCUGUCCCCUAACCAGCUACAGGCUCUGAUCCACCAGAAGCAACAAGCCCUUCUGCUCCAGCAGCAACAUCUGAAAGAGUUUUACAAGGCGCAACAACAACAGAUUCAUUUCCUUCAACAGCAACCGAGCAAGAAAGUCAAAGAGUUAUACAGCUCAACUAAACUCAAAAGAGACAAUGAUGAAAUUGGUUUGAGCCCUGCAGAGAUGCAGCAGAUAUGGAAAGAGCUCACAAAUGGAGCAAGUGAAGAUAAAACCACAAUCAAGAGCAAUCAGGACUCUUCUGCUAACAGCACAAUGUCAACAAAAGUCAUGAGGAGACAGACCGGUGACCAGCAGGCUCCCUCUCCUCGCAGGGCAGAAUGUGCUGAUCACGCUGCUUCACAUGUUCUCUACAGUCACGGCAUGUGUAACUGGCCUGGAUGUGAGUCAGUCUGUGAAAACUUGACCCAGUUUAUCAAGCACAUAGGCAGUGAACACACUCUGGAUGACAGAAGCACAGCCCAGUGCAGAGUCCAGAUGCAGGUGGUUCGGCAGCUUGAGCUUCAGCUCUGCAAAGAACGUCAGCGUCUGCGAGCGAUGACGGCUCACCUGCAUCUGCCAUCUUUAGAAGCUCAGUCGCUCUCUCCACCCGCCAGUCUGCAGUCGCCACAGUCUGAUACAGCUGCUGACCCACACGCUCUACAGCUCAAUUCAGUCGCCCUCACCAACAACCUGCCCUCGCUGAACUCGUCAGACUCUGCGCAACUCCCCCCUCAACCUCUGGCUCCUGUCAGCACUCCAUCCCAGGGGGGUGAGGAAGAGUCGCCCUCUCAUACUGCAUGUGCUGGGGCCAUAAGGCGUCGCCACCACCCUUUGGUCUACUCCCUGUCCUCGGAAAAUGAAUAUGAGCUCUACAAGAACACUGAUAUCAGACCACCGUUCACCUAUGCAACACUGAUCAGACAGGCUAUUAUGGAGGCAUCAGACAUGCAACUAACACUCAAUGAGAUAUACAACUGGUUCACACGGACGUUUGCUUAUUUCAGACGCAACGCUGCCACUUGGAAGAACGCAGUGCGCCACAACCUGAGCCUGCACAAGUGUUUUGUGCGUGUGGAGAAUGUGAAAGGUGCCGUGUGGACGGUGGAUGAGGUGGAAUACCAGAGGAGGAGAUCCCAGAAGAUCACAGGGAGUCCAUCACUGAUAAAAAAUGUGUCCUCGAACCUUGCUUUCGGGACUGUACUGAACGCCAGCUUACAGACGGCGCUGGCUGAGGCAUCACUGCCUGGAUUCAAGACAGAGAGUUUAAGCAAGAACUCCAGGAGUCAAAUACAGGAGAGCAAAGCAACAAACAGCAACAGUGACCAAAACAUCUCUGCGAGAGUCCAACAGUCUUUUUCCCGUAAAGACGAUGUGAUGAAUCUGAAUGACCAAAAACCUCAGAUGCCGACAGUAAAACCAGCAGCUCUGCAGCAUGACGUGACUGAAAACGAUGAAGAGCCCUUGUUUGACCUUGAAUGA